UAUAUGCUUACACGCACCGAAUAGUGAGUGAAUGAGUGAGCCUAUAACUUGGACUUCAAUCUUCCUCAGUUUAGUUUCCAACAUUGAGAGAGAUACUCAAAUGUAUUGCUUCAUGACACAUGACAGACCUCACCCCUCACCCAACUCUGAUGCUACCCUCUCAACCAUUUCUCUCCAAGAAAUAGCCUCACCCCCGCCACCACAUUACCAUCAACUUUUUCUCACACCACAACAUGGCUAAGAGAUCAGAUUUUGCCCAGAAGCUUCUCGAUGAUCUGCGCCUAAGGAAAGAACGAAUCACUGCUACUUCUUCACAUUCUAACAACCAUUUACCUAUAGAUGCAUAUGCUUACACCAAGCAAACCUACAGAGGGUCCACAAACACAAGAGCAAAUGAAAUUGUUGGUUCCAGAUGUGGGGAGAUGCUGAAUAGGUCUAGCAGAGGGCAGAAAUCAUUAAAGAGUGGAGGAGACUUGUCAAAUCAGAUUAUUCCAUACGGGAAAGCCUAUCAGAAUAAUGGAGGGAAACCAAGGAGGGCCGAUUUGUCUUUCACCAAUUCAAUUUUGGGUUUCCUUCACCAAAUUCAAAGGGGAACAAUGGAUAGAGGAAGCAACUUGGAAAGACAACUAGCUCCAACUAACCGCACCCUCUCUCUUGUGCAGAUAAAUGAGAUAUCCAAAGGCGCACAAAAACUAAACCACAUAUUGAGAGCUUGUUGCUCCACUGGCGUUAACAUGGAUACAUAUUCAUUACAUUUUGCAAAGGAACUAUUAAAAGGAGCUAUUGAUUUGGAGGAGUCACUUGGGAUGCUAGUAGACCUGCAGAAAAAUUCAGAGUUUAUGACCACCUCUCAAGCGCAGAACAAAAAUCGAAUCACGCUAUUAGAAGAAGAGGAGGAAGAGGAUAAUGAAGAGGAUCAGAGAGGGAGGAUGGAGAAAAUGCAACUGGCACGUCCAACUUUCUCAUUUGACAACCAGAUGCAGAGAGCAAUUACCAUCAGCAACUCUAAGGAAGCCAGAAAGAUAAAAGUUUCUCAGCAGAAGCGAUUAUCAACUAACACGGUUGGAGCUGCUGAUAUAUCAAACCAGACGGCAGACAAGGGAAGGAUUCCAAACGUAAUAGCCAAACUAAUGGGGCUGGACAACCUUCCUGAGAAAAAAGAUUCAGGUAAUAGUAAUAUUGCAUCAUCCAAGCACUCUGCCAAAGGAAGCAGCAGCACUAAACUGAAGACCAAACAAACGGACAAGUUGAUCAAAGACCAAAAAGUGGCGGUUGGAUCCUUCAAAAAUCAAAAGGCUUCCUAUUAUUCCGAGUCUGAGGUGGUUGGAGUAAAACCAUUGAAGGGCUUUGACAAGGCCAGCAUCAUCAACGGUUCUCCUCGUCAUGUUGAGGUGAUGACGGGAAUGAAACAGGAUCUUCAAAAUAACAGUGGCAUGGUGAAGGGAAGAAGCACCAAUCGCAAUGAUCCGGUUCAAAAUCUAAAUAAUAUGCACGAAAGAAGACCACAAGUUAAACCUGCCAUUCAGGUUGCAAAAGAAGGACACACGAUUACGAACAAGCACAUGCAGAUGAGCAAUGAAAAAAAGUCUCGGGAUCAUCUUGUAGCUCAAAAGUCAAUACUCUCCAAAGGUGGAGGAAGUGAAAUGACACCCAACUAUUCAUUAAAACAAUCCGCCAAUAAUGUUCAGAAGAAGAAGCAUCAGUCACCCAUAAACCAACCCACACCUUUCAAGAAAUCAAGUGAUGAUCAUGAUCUAGUUGCAUCUAAUGAGAAAGUAAAAGAAGUUACUGAUAGGAAGAAGUCUUCCCCAAAAUAUCAAGAAUUAGAACGAGCUAAAGGGAGGCAAACACUCAAGGAUCAUAAAUUUGCAGCCAGCAAGAAAAUAAAGCCUGAAAAGAUGGAACAAAUGUUAAGUAGAAGAAAUGGACAAGAAGCUAGUGAUAGAGCAUCUGGCAAAUUCAAUGUCUUGAAUGGAGCGGAGCGAAAAAGGUUUAGCAUGUUCAUAGAACAUCAACUGCUUCCUCCUACUACCUUACACAAUUCUGGCAGUGGUAAAGAUUUCCAAGAACCAGCCAAUGAUUUGCAAUACCAAGUUGUGAAACCGGCUGCACUCAAUUUGCAAGAUCGAGCUGUUCCUGAGGCACCACAUGAGGGAUUCAAGACUAGUGAAGUUGCAUACCAUAAAAGUAAAACAAAUGGAGUCCGGGAAGACAAAAUGGGUGAUAAAAUACAAGAUCAAAAUAUAAGCAUCCAACAACCAUUAACAGAAAGUGAAAAUCGCCUCAAGUGGAUUUUGGUCAUGAGUCAAUUAUUCGUCAAUACUGCAGAAGCACUUUUCAGACUAAACAUUCCGUUUGGUAUUCUUCAAGGUGGUCGUCAAGACAGUCAAGACCAAAGUAGCAAACUGAUAUUAGAUUGUGGCUAUGAAGUGAUGAAAAGAAAGGGGAUUCGGCAAGAACUCAAAGUUCAUACUUGUUCAAACAUAUCAUCAAUCACAAGUACUGUUAACUUAGUAAGAUCCCUAGAUGACUUGGUAAGGAAGCUGAAUGAAGACAUGGAGAAGCUUAAAUUGUAUGGAAGGAAAAAAAGUAGCCAAGUAGAUGGUGAGGACUACCUGCCUAAGAUGCUUGAGCAUGAUGUCUAUGAUAAAUGUCCAGACAUAGACUGCAUGUGGGAUUUUGGUUGGAAUGAUGAAACAUUUGCAUUUAUCGAAAAAUAUGAUGUUAUAAGGGAAAUAGAAAAGCAUAUCCUUAGUGUACUUGUGGAUGAGAUCACCAAAGAUUAUUGCAUGUUAAAGUGACAACCAUACCAUACUAUGCGGGCAAGCUUUUCAUGUGAUCAUGUUAUUUUGAAUACAAUUAUGGUUGCUGUAAGUUUGUAAAUUGUAUCUGGUAAGGAUUUCAUAACAGAGAACUUUCAUUUAAGAUUUAA